UUUUUUUUUUCGUACAUAAAAACAGGUUGUCAAUUUACAAAAAAAUACAGUUUUAUUUUUAACCAAACAUUAAUUUACACAUUAUGGCUUCAGCUAAAGUCAUGGCGAAGCUUCAGGCAGAUCAAAGUUCGAUAGCGCAAUUGGCAGAACUCCAUUCAAAGCAAGGUUCUAAUUUAUCGAACUCUUCGCUUGCAAAAAAGGCAGGCUUAACGGCGCAGCGAUGGCAUCAAUCAGUAUUAACAUCACAAGCACCAUACAAAUCUCCGUCAUCACGAGAUGAAAAAGAUUUACUGAGGCGACACCAGAAAGAUCCACCUUCACUUUGUCUUCAUUUGUAUCCAACUUAUUUCAAAUUCGAGCACGAGGAUGGUUUCUUUUCUUAUAAAAGUCAAUUCAAGGAUUUUUUAACCUGCAUUAAGGACAAGCGGCUGCCUGGGGAUUUGAUGGACGUAUUCAACGAUGCCUCCUGUAGAUACUACAAUGGAUGCUUAAUUGUCGAGAUUCACGAUCACCGUUCCGUCGACUCAGAAAAUAACAAACGCACAUUAGAGACAGAGGCUAAAAUGAAAAGAGUUGUGAUGAAGCCAACAGCAGAAAGUAUUUGGACAGAUAUCACGUUAUUAAGCGAAGAAUGGGGAUUUCCUUGGACAGAGGACAUAGCGCUCGAAGUGGAAGCUCAGAUUCUUAUUGCAACCGAGGAACCCCUCUGUUUAGAUCCGUCGUUCCAAGUAACCCGUGUCAGCAAUGCAAUUGAGUUUACGAAUGGAUCUAGAAAAUUGAAAAGGAAAAACAAGUGGAAUUCAGUCGAACGCGAACAGAAAUUGGCAAAGAAAGCAGAGAACGAUAAAUUAAUGACAUUGAUGGAUACCAGAGCGAGACGAGCCUUCCCAUUCGAACCCAGUUUUGGAAAAAUAUCGUUUGUGCAGGAUUGGAGAUUGAAGAAACAAAAGACCGGAUCAGAACCAUUACCGGCUAUUGAUUCAAAGAAAGGCAAAGGGAGGAAAGCACUGGUGGAACCGCCCAUCUUAUCCGACGGAAGAAAAUGCUGCAGAACAAUUCGAUUCGAAAGAUCAGAAGGAGACCGAAAAGUUUAUACCAUCGUUAAUAUAUAUGUGUGUAAUGGUGAAUAUGAUGGCGUAUUUCGUUGGGGGACUGUUUACGAUACAAGUGUAAAUGGUGGUAAUAUAGAUUUUAAUCUCGGCCCUGAAUAUCUUAUGGAAACAUAUAUUGUUCAUCUUAAAUCAACUUACGGCCAGUUUAACACCAUAGUCUGUGAUAAUUCGAAUGCAAACAUUGUACCGCCAUCACCCUCUACAGUACGUAUACCUACUAAUAUGCAACAGCAACAGACUGCACAACAAGCCCAACAGCAAGCAACCAAUUUCCAAUUACAACAAUUACAUGCCCAACAGAAUCGUGCUAUGCAAGCAAAAGCUGCUAUGCUUCCUCCUCAUCAAAGGGCAAUGCUUGCUCAAGCUCAAGCUCAGGCACAAGCCCAAGCGCAGGCCCAAGCGCAGGCACAAGCUCAGGCACAAGCGCAAGCACAGGCUCAGGCACAAGCACAACAGCAACAACAGCAACAACAGCAAAGUGUAGGAUUAAGUCAAGCACAAUUACAGGCACAAGCGCAGGUCCAAGCGCAAGCUCAGGCUCAGGCACAAGUUGCAGCUCAAGCACAGGCUCAAGCGCUUCAAGCACAGGCGCAGGCACAAGCACAAGCACAAGCGCAGGUGCAAGCGCAACAACAAGCCCAGGCACACCAGGCUCAAGCGCUUGCUCAAAGCCAAUCUCAAGCUCAUAUGCAACAAUUACAACAACAAGCUGCACAAUCGAGAGCAUCAACUCCAUCUCAAUCACAUAUGAGUACUCCCGCAAUUCCACACUCUACGCCACAACAACAGGCCGCUGCUUUACCGCGUCAAACGCUUGCAUUACCUGGAAACGGCAUGAAAUCACAGCAUCAAACACCUACGCAAGCGCAAGCCCAGAUUUCUGCGCAACAUAUGGCAGCCUUACAACAACAACAACAGCAACAACAAGUGGCUAUGCAGUCAAUGGCGCUACCUCAACGUGCUACACAAACAUCAGUGCCUACACCUCAAGUAUCCAAUAUGUUGCCUGUAAAUGCUACCGGUAAUAAUAAUAUGACAGCUAGUCAACCCCAGUUAGGUGGUAUAUCUACAAAUAUGACAGCUAUUCAACAAGCAGCACUUGCACAAGCUCUCAACGCAGGAAAUGGUCAACAAAUGUCUGCACAGGCCUCAUUGCAGCGUAUACAGCAAUUAGUCGCCACUGGUGUUAUACCCCUUGCCACUGCACAACAGUUGGUUAGCCAGUUGGCAAAUUCCGGUAAUCUUCAAAGACAACAAGCUGCAGCACAACAACAGGCCCAGCAACAGGCUUUACAGGCUCAGGCUGCACAACAAGCACAAUUAAAUCAACAAUCACCUCAACAAAGGCCGGAAUGCAACAACAGAAUUUACCACAAACACAAACAAAUACUGCUGCAUCACAAUUACUUGCUCAACUUAGUCCACAGCAUCAACAGCAAAUGGGUUUAUUAAUCGCUCGACGUAAUCAGUUAGCUGCUCUCGCUGCUCAAAGAAACAUUAGUCACGAGGAUCUUACGUCACAAGUACGUCAGUUACAGUUACUCCAACAAGGUAUUAUACAGCAGCAUCAGUUACAUCAACAGCAACAGGUACAGAUACAUCAACAACAACAGCAACAAGCCUUACAGCAAGCACAGGCCCAAGCUCGUGCAGCCCAAGCAGCUCGUACGCCACAAACAACAGCUAAUCAAUUGACAACCCAACAGCAGCAAAUGUUGCAAGCUCAACAGCAGGUUCAACAACAACAGAUGCAACAACAGGUACAGCAACAACAACAACAGCAACAACAACAACAGCAGCAGCAGCAGCAGCAACAACAGCAACAGCAGCAACAGCAGCAACAGC